UUCCCGGCAGGCUUUGCGGCGCGCCCCGUUCAAAACGGCGGCAGUUGGUUCAAUGCUGCUUUACGAUACCGGUUUCUGAAGGGGAAGGAGCAGUUUCUUUGCUGACGCCAGAGAGCCAGACUUUUCAAUAGUAUGGAUUCAGGUGUUUAUAGAUGCCUUCAGCCUGGGUUAUCGAUUAAUAUUCAGCGUAGCAAUGGUGCAGUCCAUGGUGCCACUAUCAAGUCACUGAAUCUGGAAAAAAUGACUGUAUCUGUAGAAUGGACAGAAAAUAACUCUAUCAAAGGGAAAGAGAUUGACCUUGAUGAUGUAGUAGGGAUAAAUCCAGAGCUGUUUACAACUCCAGUUGUUGAUGUGAAAGAGAGCCUUCCUGUGCGAGAGAAUGUAACCACACAGAGACAAAACCGCAGGACAACACUCUCAAAAAUUCCUGCUCCGAGAGAAGCUCUGCGAUUCCAAGCCAGCAAAAUGUCUGUCAUAGCAGAAUCACAGAACAGCCCUCUGGAAAAUGAGAUGGAGGUUGAAUCGCCUGCUACUGUACCAGCGCGGAGCCAUUCUGCUCUUCCUGUUGUUCGAGCUCGAUCUAGGAACAGCUAUUCUUCUGACAGAUGUAACGUGCAACCAAAUGGCAAUGAAAUGACGGAAGACCCUCCACAGACUCUCAGAAUGGUCUCUGCUGCAAUUCAAGCUCGGAGAAAAUCUAACAUUGUGAAAGAGAUGGAAAAAAUGAAAAAUAAGAGGGAAGAGAAAAGAGCCCAAUUCUCUGAAAUAAGAAAUAAGAGGGCACAGGAAUAUGAUAGUAGUUGUCCAAACUGGGAUUUUGCACGGAUGGUUAAGGAAUAUAGAGCCACUAUUGUUUGCCAGUCAAUAUCGAUGAAUGAUCCAAUAGAAGAGCAUAGAAUUUGUGUCUGUGUGAGGAAACGGCCCUUAAAUAAGCAAGAACUUGGAAAGAAAGAGUGUGAUAUAAUUACUGUUGUCAGCAAGAACAGCAUCCUAGUGCACGAACCAAAGAUGAAGGUGGAUCUGACAAAAUAUCUUGAAAACCAGCCUUUUCGAUUUGACUUUUCGUUUGAUGAAAAAGCUUCCAAUGAAAUGGUUUAUUGCUUUACUGCUAGACCACUUGUGCAGACCAUCUUUGAAGGAGGAAAGGCUACGUGUUUUGCUUAUGGUCAGACUGGAAGUGGGAAAACCCAUACUAUGGGAGGAGACUUCUCUGGGAAAGUGCAGAAGGCCUCUAAAGGAAUAUAUGCUUUUGCAUCACAGGAUGUCUUCCUCCUUCAGAAUCAGCCACGGUACAAGGCUCUAGGUUUGGAAGUAUAUGUGACUUUCUUUGAAAUAUAUAAUGGAAAGCUGUUUGACCUCUUAAACAAAAAAGCAAAGCUGCGAGUGUUGGAAGAUGGCAAACAGCAGGUCCAGGUGGUUAGCCUGCAAGAAAUGCAGGUGAACUCUGCUGAGGAUGUUAUCCGGAUGAUUGAGACAGGCAGUGCCUGCAGGACAUCUGGGCAUACAUUUGCGAACUCCAGCUCCUCACGCUCCCAUGCUUGUUUUCAAAUUAUUCUGCGCAGAAAAAGAAAACUUCAUGGCAAGUUUUCUUUGGUAGACUUAGCUGGGAAUGAAAGAGGUGCUGAUACCUCCAGUGCUGAUCGGCAAACACGGAUGGAAGCUGCAGAAAUAAACAAGAGCUUGCUAGCUCUGAAGGAAUGUAUCCGUGCUCUAGGCCAGAAUAAACAACAUACACCUUUUCGGGAGAGCAAGCUUACCCAGGUGCUGAGGGAUUCUUUCAUUGGAGCAAAUUCCAGAACCUGUAUGAUUGCAAUGAUCUCUCCAGGCAUGAAUUCUUGCGAAUAUACCCUAAAUACCUUGCGGUAUGCUGAUAGAGUGAAGGAGCUCCCUCACAGUGGUACAGCUGGAGAAACACAGAACUGCAUGGAAACUGAAAAUGAAGAGCUGGACAUCAGCGAGGAAGAAUCGGACCACCUUCAUGAGCAGCUUUCUGAAGAUGAGCUGUCUCCACAUCUGUCCAGUUUCCGUGAGGCUGUCACCCGGAUAAGUGAGCUUGAGGAGAAGGCAAUAGAGGAGCUUAAGGAUGUCAGGGAGAAAAUAAAUGACUGUAACUAUCUCCUGGACAUUGCGGAACAACCAGAAUAUGACCUGGAGGCAUUUGUAUACCAAGCCCAGUGCGUCGUAAAUGAAGGAUCCAAAAGUUUCCUCCGACUGAAAGACACUCUGGAAGAACUAACCCUUGCCAUGCAGAUGGAAGAACAAGCCAGCAAGCACCUCAAUAAGAGGCCACUUCAAUAGCUUCCCACUUGUUAAAUGAAUCUUUUUGCUCUCUCUUUGUCUGUCACUUCUUUGGUUUGGUGUUAUUGCAUUUUAAAUGCAACCAGAAGAUUCAGCCUAUCUGGUUUGAGGGUUUCCAAUUUGGGGGGGGUACCCUUGAUAUAGGCAAGGGAUAGCACUCGGGCAGAAUGUGGUGUUUCUGGGAGCACUGUUGCUCUUCAGUACUGAAGGCUGAGAAGGAAGGUGCUUUAGUGUAUUUUUGGUAAGCAUGUAUACUUUUCUAGUGUAAAUAAAGUCUUUGGCUAAAUGUUUUUUGAAUGUUACAAUUGAGUGCAAUCCAGUGAAUCUUAAACCAGAUUUGCUGUUUGAGACUUCUUACAAUAGAAAUAAUCAGUAGUUGAAGCUGUUUAUAAAUCUUUCUGAAUUCAUGAAAUUCUGCCUUCAGAGGGCACUGAAGUGCUGUGCAGGUCUCUAAUUGGCCUGCUGUUCAUUUGUCCAUGUUGGAGAUGUACACACAUCUGGCCAAAAGAACAGGGAAACGUUAACCCAGAAAGAGCAGCUUGUUGCCUUUCAACUUGAUCUAUUAAAUCUAAAGGAGAACUUGAGAUUUGUAAGUAGGACUUGUUACAUAGAAAUACUUUAUCUUGGUUUUCAACUAGUUUUAUUUCAGAGGAAGGCUGCUAUUGUACUUGCCUGGAAAAGUCUAUUGAAUUUGGUGGAUUUUUUUCUGAGAAAAUGUAUCAAAUGUCUUCUGUUUGGGUUGAACUUUAGGACAAGAUGGUGCCUGCUCAUGAGACAUAAGAAGGGGUUCUGGUGAAGUAUGGGUGGGCAAUGCUAAACAACACAUCUGUACUUUACAGUUAUGCAUCAGUUUCUCUGCAGUGAUGACAAAUUUCCCGUUGUGUAUAGAUUUCUACAAGACAUAUACAGCAUCUCACAUAAAAUACUAGGUAUCCAAUGAAGGCGAACUUACUGAGAAUGGUAGAUUUAGGGGCUGAUACACCCACACAUGCUUCCUCGUUACUUGAUGAACUGCAUGUGUGAAUGAGCUAUUGGGCCUAAAAUACCACAACUUUGUAGCAAUAGCAAAUACAGAUUUUCAAAAUGCAAUUCUGUUCAACUUAAAGUCAUCAGGUGUUGCAUAAUCAAGUAAUAUAUCUGCACCUCUGUUGCUUUGCAAAUAAAUAAAUGGGCCCUGCUGAAUCACAGGUUUAGACAUUGACAUUAAGUGUACUGAAUGUUAAUAUCAGAAAACAGUCUGUAGGUAUCAGGCUUAUAAAUGGCUAUUUGCUUGUCAUGAGUGUAAAUUGCCUCUAAGUGAUCAAGCAGGAAUGUUUUUUUAACUGCCUGAAAGCAAAAGGCAGCAAGAAAUCUAUUGACUUUUUCCUGUUUAUAUCCAAAAAAAUAACAAAUGUGUGUGUAAAAAUUGGCCCUGAUAACCUUUUUGUAGACAAGGUACUUUUUUUGUGGAUUUGAAAUAUUUAUCCAACCUUUCUGAUAAGACCAAUUGGCUCACAAUAAAUGAAAACUGAUACAUAAUAACACAAUAUUUUAAAAGACAGUAGUAACACAUGAAAGCUCUGGGGACUCUGAUGGAAAGGUGUCCCACUCUAGCUACUGUGGCUAUUUAACUGCUGCUCUUUGAAGGCUUCGUGGAGAAUAUGGAGGAAAGUACCACCCCUGUGUGUGCUACCUAAAAACCCAGCCCCAUGUAGUACCAGAUGUUUUAGUCCCUGGGAGGACUGGGCAUUUCCUCACACAGGCUUCAGAGUUUGCAGUUCCUGGCUCUUUGCAAAGGUAUUGUGGCCAUACACAUUAUGCCUAAUUAAAGCAGUGUAUUGAAUUGUGAUAGGUUUCAUUCAUGUAGAGGCAAUGAUUCAGUGUAUGGUUUCUAGAGAAGCUUGUUAAAACACUGGUAUUGAAACCUCUCAGAUGCUUAUUGUCCUAUCUCAGUUUUGCUUACUUCAUGCAUGAACCAUGUGCUUAAAAGAAAAUGCAUAUGAUGGCUUUUUGUUUGUUCUAAAACUAGAAUUAAUUGCUGCCUUUCUGGGUGGUUUUUUUUAAAAUCGGUUUUGCAAA